UAGUAGGGCCGGCCAUACACAGGAGAUGGCGUCUCUUGAUGGGGCCAACGGGGCAGCGGAGGCGGCUCCGCUGCCUGAAAAAAUGGCGGCUCUGAACUUGUCCGCCGAUGCGGCGCCCCCUGCCCCCGCGUCAGCGAACGCACCUAAAGAGGAAGAAGACCCGGAGAAGAAGAAAAAGAAGGAAGAGAAGGCAAGAGAAAAGGAGGCAAAGAAGGCGAAAGCCGCAGCCAAAGCGGCGGCAGCCAAGGCAUUGGAGGAUGCCAAAGGCAAGGGCGGCGCCGAUGGCAACGCCAAAAAGGCCGACAAGAAGAAGAAAGCCGGCCCCACGGAAGGAGCCCUCCAGGCGGACUCGACAGACCCCCCCACAACACCAGGGGAGAAGAAACAGCUGGCACCUGCAAUGGCCCCCGCUUUCAAUCCCAAGGCAGUGGAAGCCUCAUGGUACGAGUGGUGGUCCAAGUGCGGCUUUUUCGAGCCCGACCUGAAGAGCGACAAGCCACCCUACGUCAUCGUCAUCCCGCCGCCGAAUGUAACCGGAGCUCUGCACAUCGGCCAUGCCCUGACGAACGCCAUCCAGGACACGAUCGUGCGGUGGAAGCGGAUGAGCGGCUACAACACGCUGUGGGUUCCAGGCACCGACCAUGCGGGAAUUGCUACUCAGGUGGUCGUGGAGAAGAAGCUGAUGAAGGAGCGGCACAUAACCCGGCACGACCUGGGGCGGGAACAGUUCGUGGAGGAGGUGUGGAAGUGGAAGAACGAGUAUGGCGACACCAUCUUCGGGCAGCUGCGCCGGCUGGGCUCCUCCGUGGACUGGUCGCGCCAGUGCUUCACGAUGGACGAGAAGCUCUCCAACGCCGUCAAGGAGGCCUUCGUGCGCAUGUUCCAAGACGGGCUCAUCUACCGCGACAACCGGCUCGUCAACUGGGACUGCGUCCUCAAAACCGCCGUGUCCGACAUCGAAGUCGACUACGUCGAACUGACCGGGCGGCAGAAGCUGCGCGUGCCGGGUUACGGCGAUAACCUGGUGGAGUUUGGGGCGAUAACCAGCUUUGCUUACCCGCUGGAAGGGGGCGAGGGGGAGAUUGUGGUUGCGACGACGCGGCCGGAGACGAUGCUGGGCGAUACGGCGGUGGCGGUGCAUCCGGAAGAUCCUCGAUACGCCCACCUACACGGCAAGUUCGUGGUUCACCCUUUCAACGGCCGCCGCCUGCCGAUCAUCUGCGAUGCGGAGCUGGUUGACAUGGCGUUCGGGACCGGCGCCGUGAAGAUCACCCCCGCGCACGAUCCAAACGAUUUCGCCGUGGGGAAACGGCACAACCUCGAGUUUGUCAACAUGCUCACGGAUGACGGAUUGGUGAACGAUGCGGGCGGGCCGGAGUUUGCGGGGAAGAAGCGGUUCGAGGUGCGGGAGUUGCUGGUCGCGGCGCUGCAGGAGAAGGGGCUCUAUCGGGGAGUUGCGGACAACCCGAUGCGGCUGGGGAUCUGCAGUCGCAGCAAGGACGUGAUUGAGCCGAUGAUUAAGCCGCAGUGGUACGUCAAGUGCGACGACCUGGCGAAGGCGGCGUGCGACGCGGUCCGCAGCGGAGAGCUCGAGAUUGUGCCUCCUGUCUUCAAGGACGUCUGGUUCAGGUGGCUGGAAAACAUUCGCGACUGGUGCAUCAGCCGGCAACUGUGGUGGGGCCACCGCAUCCCCGCCUGGUACGUCACCCUCCGGGCGGAUUCCGGCAAGCUCCUAACGGAACAGAGUGACCGGUGGGUGGUGGGGCGGGACGAGGCUGAGGCGCGUGCGGCCGCGGAGGCGAGGUUCGGACCGUCCGAGAUUGCGGAAUUGACGCAGGACCCGGACGUUUUGGACACGUGGUUCAGCUCGGGGCUGUUUCCGUUCUCCGUGUUCGGGUGGCCGGACGGAACGGCGGACCUGGCCAAGUUUUACCCGACGCAGCUGCUGGAAACGGGGCACGACAUUCUGUUCUUCUGGGUGGCGCGAAUGGUAAUGAUGGGGAUGCGGCUCACGGGCAAAGUACCGUUCAAACAGGUGUACCUGCAUGCGAUGGUGCGCGACGCGCAUGGGCGCAAGAUGUCCAAGACGCUGGGCAACGUCAUCGACCCGCUUGACGUCAUCGAGGGGAUCACCCUGGCCGAACUGCACGCGAAACUAGACGCGGGGAACUUGGACCCGAAGGAGGUCGCGACUGCGAAGAAGGGGCAAUCUGAAGACUUCCCCAACGGCAUUGCCGAGUGCGGCGCUGACGCGCUACGGUUUGCGCUCGUGGCAUACACGACGCAGGCCCGCGACAUCAACCUCGACAUCCAGCGCGUGGUGGGCUACCGCUUAUGGUGCAAUAAGCUAUGGAACGCCACCAAGUACGCGAUGAUGAACCUGGGGCCCGACUUCGAGCCGUCGGCGACCCUGGACGUGGAGCAACUAGAGAUGGGCUCACAAUGGAUCCUCAGCAUGCUCAACCGGGCGGUUGCGGGGACCGUUGAGGCGCUCGAGAAGUGGGAACUCUCAGCAGCGACGACCAUUGUGUACGACUUUUGGCAGUACAAGCUGUGCGGCGUCUUCAUCGAGAUCAUCAAGCCGAUCAUGCAAGGCAGCGACGCGGCCGCGAAGCGCCGCACGCGCGAUACGCUCUGGAUUUGCCUAGAGGCUGGCCUGCGACUGCUGCACCCCUUCAUGCCCUUCGUCACGGAAGAGCUGUGGCAACGCCUGCCGAAGCGCGCCGGGGCGGCAACGGCGCAAUCGAUUAUGGUGUCAGAAUACCCACGCGUCGUGCCCGGUUGGCACCGCCCCCAGGCGGAGGCGUACAUGGCUCUGGUGGACGGCGCGGUACAUACCGUCCGGUCCCUGCGGGAGAAGUUCAAGCUGGAGCCCAAGGCGAAACCCGCGCUCGUGCUCGUGUGCAAGACGGAGGACGCGCGACAGACGCUGCAGCUCGGGGCGCAGGACGUCCGGACGCUCGCCUCCGCUUCGGACGUCCAGGUCCUCGGCGCGUCCGGCGAGCCCCCCGCGGGCGCCGCGGUGGACAUCGUCGACGAGAACAUCCAGGCGUACCUCGUGUUGGAGGGCCUCGUGGACGCGGCCAAGGAGAUUGCCAAGCUGGCCAAGCGCAGCGACGAGAUCAACAAGCAGCUCGAGGCGCUUGCCAAGAAGAUGGCUGCCCCCGGUUACCAAGAAAAAGUCCCCGCAAACGUCCAGGAGCUUGACGCCAGUAAAGGGGACAAGCUGCGCGAAGAGCUCGACACAAUUGCGAUCGCACGGCAGAACUUCGAAAAGUUAUCGUCCGCGGGUAGCUGAAACGCCCGCCCGGGGGAAUGAGGGCGCGCUUUGACCACGGAAGCAGUUUUGAAUUUCGACGAGGAAGGUGUUACCUUUGGGCGAGAUUGAUUGUUGCAUCUUCGGGGAAGGGGGCGACGGUGCUGUAAUGCCUCUGUUGGCUGCCUAGUUGGUUGCAGGGAACCAUCUCAAAAUGCUCCUGCACGGUCGACACCUUCACA